AUGGAUAGGGAUGCGCUCAAGAAGGCUCAGCAGGCCUCCAGGACAGCCUUUCUAAAAAAGCAGUCGAUGCUGCAAAACAAGACCUCUUCGGCCGUUCUGGAGGAAAAGAUCAAAGAUAUUGAGCAGGGUGUGGUACCACAGUCCCUGGUUGAAGCGGAUUUCCUGCUGAAAAUGGCCGAAAAAGUGAGCUCGGCGCAGGGGCUGCUUCAGACCGCCAUGCACCGCCAUGCGAUGGCGGAUAACACGGCGGUGCGGAGUACGACGGAUUUGCCAGACGUAUCCGAAGACCACAGCUUUGGCGACCGUUUAGGCAUUUCGGACGAGGUUCUGCCGCCUUCCGCUCGGGCUAUGGAAAGUGGGGCCGGGCUGGACGCGGCCACCGCUGGAUUUGUGGCUAUGGAUAGCGAAACCAUCGAGCGUUGUGUGAAGAAUCAUGAAUAUGUUCCGGAAAAAAGCAAUACAGAUCUUGAAAAAGAUCGAAUUGUCAGCCUUCAAAAGAGUCACGAACAACUCCAGGCUCAGCGUUGUGCGCUGCCGAUCUACGGCGUUCGGGCCGAAUUACUCCAACUUAUUAAAGAUCACCAGGUGAUCGUGUUGGUCGGGGAAACGGGGUCUGGCAAGAGUACCCAGCUACUCCAGUAUCUCUACGAGGAAGGUUUCCACCUCUCUCAACGAAAGGAAACAACUGACAGUGGGGGGCCCGCGCGGGCUGAUCCUGAAGCUCGCGGGAAGGAGGAGGUGGAGGAGGAGGAGCGGCGGUUAAUUUGCACUCAACCGCGGCGUAUCGCGGCCAUGAGCGUCGCGGAGCGCGUCGCGCGGGAGGUGGGUGCAUCCUGCGGUAGCAUCGUCGGCUAUCGCGUGCGCUUUGACGACCGCUCCAGCUCCCUCACGCGGAUUCUCUUCGUGACGGAUGGGAUGAUGUUGAAUGAAUUCAGCAAGGACCCGAACUUGGAGUCCGUCGCGGCUAUCAUGAUCGAUGAGGCGCACGAGCGCUCGCUUAGUACCGAUAUUCUUUUAGGGUUGCUGAGAGAUGUCGUUCGUCGAAAUUCUCGUAUCCGGGUGAUUGUGGCUAGUGCCACAAUCAACGCGGAAAAGUUCAGCAGUUUCUUCGACCAUGCACCGAUUCUAAACGUUAAAGGACGCGCCUUUUCAGUAGAUGUCUUUUACAUCGACGAACCCAUCACUGAUUACGUUAGUGAGUCCGCGAAAGCUGUCAUGAGUCUGCACCUGACAAAGCCACUACCGGGAGAUAUACUUGUCUUUCUACCCGGACAGGACGCCAUUGAAAGCUGCGCGGAGAUCCUUCGUCAGCAGGUAGUAGAAUCCCAGGGAACGAUACGAACGCUUCUAAUUUUGCCAAUUUACUCAGCAAUGCCACCGAAGGAGCAGGCACGAAUUUACACGCCGACCCCACCGGGGGCUCGCAAGGUUGUUAUCGCCACCAACAUCGCUGAAACUUCCAUCACCAUUGACGGGAUUGUCUACGUGGUGGAUUGUGGUUUGUGCAAGCAGGACUACUACAACGUGCGCGCGAUGGUGGAGGAGCUUCGCGUGGUGCCGACAUCCCAGGCGAGCGCAAAGCAGCGUACCGGGCGUGCCGGGCGAACGAAGCGCGGGGAAUGUUUUCGUCUUUACACCCCUUAUACGUUUAAAAACGAGUUCCCCGAGGAGACGGUUCCCGAGAUUAUGCGAUGCUCGAUGAGCUCGGUGGUGCUGCAUCUGAAGGCGAUCGGGAUUGACAAUUUACUCCAGUUCGACUUUGUGGAUCCGCCGUCGACGAAGUCGUUGGAACGGGCCCUCGAUCAUCUCUACCUCCUCGGCGCGAUGAAGCCAGAUGGGCGACUUACCAUGACAGGUCGGAGAAUGUCCGAGUUCCCGCUGGAUCCAUCGCUGAGUAAAUCACUCAUCCUGGCCUGCAAAUUGGGCUGUGGGCGGCAUAUGUCCAUGGCCGCCGCUAUGCUCUCGAUAGACUCCAUCUUUCUCGCCCCUCGCGAUCCUCACGAGCGGCAGUUAAUUGACAGCGCGAAGGAGGAACUUUUUGCCUUUGGGAACGGUGAUAUUGCGGGUUAUGUACGGAUGAUGGAUGAGUGGCUGCGGGCUGGUCCACGGGCGGUGGAGUUCUGCCGCGUCCACGGGAUCCACCCUCGUUCCUUACUUCGCGCACGGGAUGUACUGGAUCAAAUCUUGAAGAUCUACAACCACGUUGGGCUCGACCUCAAGGAGGAUGAUCUGGAUGACUCCCAUCACCCUUCCAAAAUUUCUGAGUCUAGCAGUGCGAUCGAUGGGGUUCGGCAAGGAAGCCGUUUGAUUAAUACAGAGUUGCUCACGAAGGCGCUUCUUUCUGGGUUUUUCUUCAAUGUUUCAAAGAUCGGGUUAGACAAGCGCACCUACACCAUUGUGCGGCCUAUCAACACUGGAGGAUCUUCCUAUGGUGCCAGUCUGGAUGACGACGCAUACACUACAGAAAUUCACCCCACCAGCUAUUUGUUUCGUUCUGGGACGAAGUCCCUGGCAAAUAAAAGUUUCACUGCACUGCAGAAGAAAGGGGUUUCUGACGCCACCGACGCGGACUCGAGGAUCCCGCCCGUUUUGAGGGAACGCCCAUCAUUGGUGGUUUUUACGCAGCUGCGCCGCACAACGAAGCGAUUCAUGAUGCAUCUCACUGCCAUCCAGUCGGUUGACCUUGUCCUUGAAAUGGCACCCCUGAACUACUUUACUAAAGAAGAGCUAGAGACUAAAAUUCGAAAAAGAUUGAGGGAAUAG